AUGGAAUUCACAGCAGUAAUCUUCUGCGGCAAAGGGAAGGCAUUAUCACCCUUUUCCCAAAUCCGUUCUACCGGGAUUCCAAAAGCCCUUCUCCCCAUUGCCAAUCGACCAAUGAUCGAAUAUGUAUUAGAGUGGUGUAAUCGAGCCUUUUUCCCUCGAGUGAUUGUCGUGACUUCUGAAGAUGAUCGAGAUGUUAUUAAUGAUGUUGUGGAGAGAUAUCAAUCUAACAAGAGGCAAGAUCGGAAGAAUGCAAGACAAGAGAAUGGAGAAGAUGGGGAUGGUGGACAAGGAGGAGAGGAUGGAGAUGAUGUUGGUGAGAUUGAAGUGGUUGGAUUUGAAACUGAUCAUAGUGGUGCUAUAUUGGCACAUUUGUAUAAGAAUGAACUUUUGAAAGAAAAUGGUCUGGAUUUCGUGAUUUUGCCAUGUGAUUUCGUAACCAAUCUUCCUCCGCAAGUAUUGAUUGAAGCAUACAGGAAUAAGGAUGAUGAAGAUUUAGGUAUUUUAGUUCAUUAUAGAAAUCAAUUUGAUAUUGAAGAUAAGAAAUCAAAAAUCUUCCCGAAGAAUUAUACGAUGUAUCUGGAAUUAGAUAUUAAUGGAGGAAAUAAAUGUAAUUUAUUAGAUAUUUAUCGAAAAGAAGAUAUUGAUUUUCAUAAAUCAAUUCAAAUCCGUACUCAAAUGUGUUGGAGAUAUCCAAACACCACAAUCUCCACCAAAUUAUUAAACUCCACUAUCUUCUUUGGAUCAACUUCCAAAAUCUUUCCCAUCUUCAAUGCCAAUCCUGAAAAAUUCACUGAUCAAUAUUUCAAAUCAAGAUCCAUAACUAAAGUAAUCCGUGAUUUAGCCAGAAGGUCAUGGAAACAUUCCACCCCGAAAGAAAGCGUUGGAUUAUUGAUCGUGCCUUAUCAAGCUACCUUUUUUAGAAGUAACAACUUACCCGUCCUAAUGGAAGCCAAUCGUUAUUUCAUGAAACAGCAAGCAUCUUCCAAGGGCCACCACAACCAACAUCAUCAACAACAAGAUAAAUCAGCUCCUGGGGCAGCACAUGUCGGGAUUGAUUCAUUAGUUGGUGAAAACACCACCCUUGGCGAAAAGACCAAUGUUAAACGUACAGUCAUCGGUAAGGAUUGUGUCAUUGGAAAAAGAGUUAAAUUAACCGGUUGUUUGAUUUUGGAUAAGGUUGUGAUUGAAGAUGAUGUCCAAUUAGAGAAUUGUAUAAUUGGUCAUGAUGUUGUGGUGGGACAUAAAUCGAGAUUAACCAAUUGUAAUGUCGAAUCGACUAAUGAGGUUUCACUGGGGACUCAAUCCAAAGGUGAUACUUUGUUAUGUUUGACUUUGGAAGGAUUGAUUGAUGGAGAGGCUGGUGCACGAGGUGAAGACAAUGGGGAUUCUAGUGCGAUUUAUGAUUCUGAGAGUGAUGAAGAGGAUGAGGAUGACGAAAGUGACGAUGAAACUGAUAGUGAUUUUGAAGAUGAAUAUACUGGAAAUGAAGAUGGAUUGUUUGCUUAUUAA